AUGGCCGCAGCGUUGGUUGCCGCGGCAACGUCCCGCGCUUCCGGCAACGCCCAGCGCUUCCGCAAUCUCCAUGAUCUUGCUUCCUACGUGCAGUGCGUGACGCAUAUGAGAAAGGUCCCUGGGUGCUUCAAAUGGAAAUACUGUGAAGACACACGCAGUCCCCGUGCUGAGCCGCCUGCUGCUGCUGCUGCAUGGCUGAAGUGGGCCACUGCAUGCAGCAGGGCUGGCAGGCGCAUGGGAUUUGAGCUCUGCAGGCAAGAAACCCAGACAUGUUGCAAAGUGCCCAACAAGCCUUCUCGCAACUGGCCCAGAUACCUAGUGUCACUGUCUGGAGACACAAAGCUUUCAGGUGGAAAAGCCUCUUUGCUCCCUUGUGAUGCGCACUGGGGAAAAAGCCACUCCUGUGAGAAAGGAAGCACAGAGCGAGCUGGUGGUAGCACAGCACGACAGAGCACAGCACUACAGAGCACAGCAUGCCUGCCUAGGCAGGGGACUGGUUGGCUCACCAUGGCUCCAGGUGCCUUGAAGACAACGUGGGGCAACAUGGAGGUGGCCCUGACUGGUCUCUGCACCAUCCUGCUCUGUUGUGGCCCUGUGCUGGCCAGCUGUCACCAAGUGACCUUCUUCCCAGCAGUGUUAAGCCUUCCUGCAGGCAGCUCAGCCACCUUCUUCUGCAAUGUCUCUGUGGAGAAUGACUCUGAACUGGAGUACAGCCUCAACUGGUACAAGGAGUCCAACCACAGCCAAGGCCAAAAAAUUGCAGAGAUCAGCCGUAACAGCCUGCAGACGAAGACAGAGAAGUAUGUGCUCACCAACCACACGUCUGCCUUCAAGAUGGAGAUCCUGAACCUCCACCAGAGCGACUCAGGCUCCUACUACUGUGGACUGAUCACCUUUACACCCAAUAAAGUGAUAGAGAGCAACCGGUCCCACCUAGUGGUCACAGCAGCCCCUGAGAAUACAAAUCCCACCGAGGAGCCUGAGUUGGAGGAAGGCAACCCCCCAGACCACAUCAAGGCUGUGCUCCUGAGCAUCCUGCUGCUGGCAGGGUUGGUUGUUCUGCUGGUCUUUGGCUACAUCACUGUUAUGCACAGGAGAGGAGGUGUACAGAAACCACCGAGUGAAAUGGCACCAGAGAAGGAAGAGAAGCCCACCGUGGUGCCCGUGCCCACUGUGGACUAUGGCGUGCUGGAGUUUCAGGUGGAUCAGCAUGCCCAGGUGCCCUUUGAGACCUAUCUGAUCACCCACACCGAAUACGCCACCAUCAUCUUCCCGGAGGAGAAACCUGUCACACCGGAACGGGGCAAGAAACGCCAGGACGAGAGGACUCGGCAGCUCCACUUGCAGCCUUGCUGA